CUCCAGCGGUUCUAAUACAUUUGCUCUUACACGAGGGCUGUCAUACGGAAUUACGUCCUCGGCCAAUUUUAACGACGUGUGCGUUAACUGGCCGUUUUCCUGCUGCAUCUUCUAUAAUCUCCCUUAAUUUCGUCGGAAGUCGGAACCGAGUUGUGGAGGGCAGCCCCUUGAGUUGAGAUCUGCUCGCUCCGAUCGCCGUUAACUGCUUUCUUUCUCCGCCUUCAUAACCAUCAGACACAGAUGGGGCUGUCUUUCACCAAGCUUUUUAGUCGGCUCUUUGCCAAGAAAGAGAUGCGCAUUCUUAUGGUGGGUCUUGAUGCUGCGGGUAAGACCACCAUUUUGUACAAGCUCAAGUUGGGGGAGAUUGUCACAACAAUUCCAACCAUUGGGUUUAAUGUGGAGACUGUGGAAUAUAAGAACAUUAGCUUCACCGUUUGGGAUGUAGGUGGUCAGGACAAGAUCCGUCCCUUGUGGAGGCAUUACUUCCAAAACACACAAGGUCUUAUCUUUGUCGUAGACAGCAAUGAUCGAGAUCGUGUUGUUGAGGCUAGGGAUGAGCUGCACAGGAUGUUGAAUGAGGAUGAAUUGAGGGAUGCUGUUUUGCUUGUAUUUGCAAAUAAGCAAGAUCUUCCAAAUGCAAUGAAUGCUGCUGAGAUUACUGAUAAACUUGGCCUUCAUUCCCUCCGCCAACGCCACUGGUAUAUCCAGAGCACAUGCGCCACUUCCGGAGAAGGGUUGUACGAAGGACUGGACUGGCUCUCCAACAACAUUGCUAACAAGGCAUAGAUGAUGUUUUCUUUUAUGGUGGUUUUUGAGCUGCAAUCAGUGUCAGAGUUAGAGAUACUAUUUGAUGUCCUUUAUUUUUUUUUUUACCCUUGUUUCUUUUUAUCUUUUUGUGAGAAAAGAGCUAUUGUUAUUUGUUAUCCCAUAAUAUGUUCACUUUGUUUAUGAUUAUAGAUACUGAAAUUUGUUUAUAUGAACCAUAUGAUUAUUUAAGGUUGUUCUGUUUCCUAUUAAAUAAGGUCGUAGAGUCUUGGACCAAAGUCGCCCAUCAAAGAAUUUGUGCCUUGACGAGUUCACACAAGUUUGGCCAGGAUAAGCUUGCCUUUAAAUAGUUCAACUCAAUAGAUCUGCUUUGCAUAUAUACUGAGUGUGACCGAAAUCAGGGUUCAAAGUAUCCACGUGCACAUUUCAGUUCUACGAGGACAAUGAAUCAAUUGCACGUCAUUCUUCAGAUGUUUCUCCUCAGUGAUGGCAAAAUCCUCCACUGCACCACGUCAAGUCAACAUAGACGGUGCUUGGCGCCUAGUCUCUUGCAGCUGUUGGAGUAGUCAUCUUAGAUGAUGGUGAUAAAUGUCAUUGUUGGCAGAAGCCGAGGCCCUUGCUUUUUCUGGGGGCCUAAGGCUUUCUCAAACUCUAAGUAUGACCAUGAACUGUAUUAUUCUGGAGAGUGGUUUUGGCAGGAUCACACCAUUUGUCUUGAAUGCAGGAGACUCGUUCCAUA